GAUAACAAAUCAAAACAUCUCCAAAUCUCAAUUAACAUAUGAGCUCUCUCUAACUUAAAAACUAAUUUAAAUUUUUAUAUUUUUAAUAUAAUAUUAUGUCACCGGGACCGGAAUAUGGUUGCUUUUUGGCUUUUAGAAUAUUAUCCUCUAUUUUCGUACAAAAUGGCUAUAUUCAUCCUGAUGAAUAUUUUCAAACGACCGAAAUCAUCACUGGUGAUGUCUUUGGAGUUGUACAUAACCGCCCUUGGGAAUUUAAUAAGGAUGCACCAGUUAGAAGUAUAGGUUUAUUAUAUGGAAUUUUUGGCAUGCCAUUAUAUAUUGCCAAAUGGAUUUUUAAAUUAUAUAAAAUUCAGUGGAAUCCUUUUCUAUUGCUGUUUGUUUUUCGAUUAGUUACUUGUGCGGUGUCACUUAUAACCGAUUAUUCACUAUAUAAGAUUUGUAAAAUACUCAAACUAAAGUCUAAUAGAUAUUUGUUACUGCUUUCAAGUUCUUAUGUUAUAAUUGUAUUUGGUACAAAGACAUUUACCAACUCUUUAGAAUUGGCUUUGGUAUCUCUUUUAUUAUGGAAAGUUGUUGACAGUAUGACUAUUUCAGAUAAAGUUGUAGCUGCUGAAAACGAAAUACGAAAUAUGUAUGCAUUCCGUACAUCAAUAACAGAUAAAGUAGUGAUGAGCCGUAAGCUACGUCUAUUACCUAGUCAUCAUUUUUCUCAUUGUUUAGAAAUUGGUACCAUUUUAGCUGUUGGUACCUUCAAUAGACCAACUUUUUUACUAUUUGCUGUUACCCCUAUUUUCUAUUGGGUUUCCAGAGGAUUUUCUAAGAACGAUGAUCGUUUUAUAAAAAUAUUCAAUAUACGUUUUAUAAUAUUAUUUCUAUGUACUCUGCCUGGAAUAUUUACGUUUAUACUCAUUGAUUCAUUUUACUUUGAGCAUAUAACAGAAAAUAAAGCCAGUUUGGUCAUAACUCCUUUAAAUUUUAUCAAGUAUAAUAUAAAACCUUCAAACUUAGUUGAACAUGGUAUCCAUUUUCGAAUAACUCAUGCCAUCAUAAAUAUGCCAUUGCUUUUCAAUGUCUUAGCUCUACUUUUUCUAGGACGUUUACAAUUCAAUUCUUUCAUAAAAAUUAUUGUAAAUCAUCAUUACCAUUUAUUACCAAAUAUUUAUGAAGUUAAAACUUUAAUGAUGGCUAGUGUGAUCGUUCCAUUGUUCCUGUUAUCAAUUUUUCCACACCAAGAGCCCAGAUUUCUGUUACCUCUUUUAUUACCAAUUGUAUUUUCUACUUCCAAGUAUUUUUCUAGUCAUUACAUCAAAAAUUUCAAACACAUUCUUCCAGUUUGGUGUUUUUCUAAUAUUAUUGGAUUUAUAUUUUAUGGUUACCUGCACCAAGCUGGUAUUACUCCGAUGAUCUCACAUUUGUUUCAAGAUAUUAAACAUGCAACUAAUACAUAUAUAAUUCAAAGUCAUACAUAUUCUAUUCCUGUUGGAUUAUUAAUGGUCCCUCAAUUAAACGAAAGUUUACUAUACGUGAAUCAACGUCACAUCAAAGUAUACGAUCUGGGUUCAUCAUUGGAUCCCAAUGCAUUAUAUGACACUGUGAUGAAUAUUAGUAAACAUAUUACUCAUAAAGAAGAACUUACAGUCUAUUUUUCAGUAUCUGGUCCUUUAACCAAGCAAUUCGAAUCAGUUGGUAAUUUGUCUAGUCUUACAUACACAAAAAAAAUGUUUUUUCCGCAUUUGUCAACAGAAUCGAUGCGUUUUUAUUUUAGAUCAAUGAUAGAUUUAUUGUACCAUGACAAUAUGCCUUAUAUUAGUUUAACAGAACUUUGUGAUAUAUUUUCGCUUGUACUUUAUAAAAUUACUAUAAAGACUGAAUUACAAUACAACAUUACAUAAUUAUUAUUAAUACAAUUAUGUUACUUAUUAGUUAUUACGGUUUUAAUUUCUAUAUUUUUAAAUACAUUUUCAAUAUUUGUAUUUGAUUACAAUAUACAAUUAAAGUUCUACAGAUUACUAUAAAGUAAUUAGUGAUUACCAGGGCUCGGGACUUAUAGCACUUAAAAUCUUUAAAAUAAGUGAUUAAAAAAGCACUUAAAAACAUAAUUAUAAGCACUCAAAUAAGCAUUUAAAAAACUUAAAUUUGAGCAAAAAUAUUUAAUCAAAAAAAUAAAACUUUCUUUUUACAUGAUAAAGUAGGUACUAGACAUAAUUUGUAACUGUGCUAAAAAUAAUAUAAUUAAAGACUACAAAAAAUAUUGAAACAAAAUGAUUAGAAAAAGUUCCUAACUAAAAAUCAAAAAAAUCAAACUUCACUUUCAAAACAUUUUGCCUUAUUGUUUAUAGAUUUUCCCAGGGAUUUUCUGAAAAAACCAUAAAAUGUAGAAAAACUGGUCAAAAAAGCAAAAAUAUUAAGAAAAACUGGAAAUAACCAUAUUUUUAAAAAAUUGUUGAAAAAAGCACUCAAAUUUCAUAAUUGAAUGUGUUUUAACAUGACAUACACUUCCAUAGCACUCUGCUACAUUUUAAGCCAAUCCAUAAAAAUAAGCAAAUGCUUUAAGUCCGGAGUCCUGGUGAAUACUAUAUUACUAUUACUCUAAACUCAGGAUAACCAAAAUGCAAAUUCUAGUCAUUAAUUUUUACUAUUCACGGUUUCCUGUACAAACUUUAAGAAAGAUAUCAUGGUUAUAAAUGGAAUCUACAACCUAUUUUUCAGUUGUUAAUGCUUAUCUUUUAGCCAAAUAUUCAGAAAAAAAAUAUUUGGGUUUGAAUUAUAUCAUAAAUAUUUUUUAAUGAAUUGCUAAUGAAUUAAAAUUUUACAAUAUAAUUAAUUGAAUUAUUUAAAUCAAAUUUAUUUUGGCUAUAAAUACUAGGAACUCGCGUCGUAUGCUAUCUACCUGAACUUUGAUCGCGUUAUAUGUUAUCUACCUUUCGGUUGAUAUCUACUUAAUACUUUGUACGGAGACUAAUAUUGCAGGUGUAACCGUAUAAUUAUAAACAUCAAUAAUACACUCUACAGUCUACACUUUACACAUAUCAUAGCUAGUAGACAUAUGACUUUUGUAAAAGUGGUGUAUGCUUAAAUUAUUUUCAAAUUAAAUUAUUUUAUUAAAUUAUUUAUGUAAUUAUUUUUUGUUAAAUCAAAAUGGAACAUUUUAUUGACUUUUAUAGACAUGUUAUUUACAAUGAUGAAUCUUGCACCAAUUUUUUAAAACAAUGUGGUGUCUUACCCACUGCUAAAGUAUGCCAAAAAGUUAAUUCAAAAUAAAAUAUGGCAUAAAAACACGUGGUGCCACUAACUUAUUGGAACGGCAGUUGAUGGAAGAGUGGUGACGUUCACUCAAUGCAUCAAAGAAUCUUUUUGACCAGUUUUUUGAAGACAUGAAAAAGAGUUCUUUAAUGUAAUUAAUGUCUAGAUGCACAGACGACACCAACAAUCUACAAAUUGCGGGGUGGAAAAUUGUAGAUAACAUACAACGCCAACACACAAUUUUGGUAGAUACAUUUUUCAUGUAGAUAGCAUACGACGCGAGUUCCAAAUACUAUAAUUAGUUUACAAUGUUUACAUCCAUGGAAUAUAUGCAUUAAAUUUAUUACAUUUAAAACUAAAUAGUUUACUUAAAUUUAGUCUGUUUAAUUGGUACAAAAAUCAUCUAAAAUGUUUGAUGGUACUAUGGUAAUAUGAUAUACUUCAUAACUGAUAUUUACUAAAACAAAAUAUAACUUGUAUGUUAUUAUCUAUAGACAUUAGAAGGUAUAAUAUAUAAGUGUAAUAUUAACAAAGGAUACAUUUUUCUGAAUAAAGAAUAAAUAAAGUGUAUUAAUAAUUAUUGUUUUUAUCUGUUAGGUAGAUGGAGAAGGGAGAAAUUCUAUAAUAUCUUUAUUUUUGUGUACCUCUAUGAAUAAUUCGGAACUUUGGGACCUCUAUUUGCCAAAAGCAAACAAAUUUUUUUAUCCAAUUCUGCAAUAAGGGAAUCAAUUUUUUGUUUAAAUUAAAUAACAAUUAAAAACCCCCCCACAUCUACAUAACUAAAAAUAAGUAGUUUUCAUUCACUAGCAUAAAAACAAUUAGAUCAUUCUUAAAGUUUAUACAGAAAACCAAGAAAUACCCAGUAUAGUAAAAUAUUAUUUUAAUUCAAGUUAAGUAUUUUUGAUAAUAAUAUAGUGUUACAAUGAAGAUUGCACGGCAAAUAUAAGUAGUGUUAAUAAAUAAUUCAAUUUUAUUAAAACAUUGAAAAAUGCACAAUUCUUGCUUAUUUUUUACCUAUUAUGUUAAUUUGAAUUAGCAUAGGUACACAUUUAAACAAUUAUUUAAGAACUAUAACAUAUUUAAAUUUUUAUCAUUAAAAAUAUUUUAGUUUCACUAUUCUAUACUUAUUUUACAUUGGAUGUAAUUACCUUAUAUGUAAUUUAUGUUUGUAAACAUUUUAUAGUUUCAGUGUUGUCACCAAUAAUUUAUGAAAAUUGUAUCUAAAAUAAUUAGAUAGUUGACAAAAUAAUUUUACUUAUUAGUAUAAUACUAUUAUAGAUUUCUAUAAAAGCCCAUUUUAUUUGUAUGUGAUAUUUUUUUUUCAAAUUUUCAUUAUUGUGUAAUAUUUAUUCUUAGGCUAUAGGUAUUUUAAUUGUGCUCACUAAUAAUUUACUUUAUUUCUUAAAUACAUUUUAAGUAAAUUUAUUUUAUUGUAUAUUUAAUAAUAAAACAAUGCAUUAAACUACAA